GUACACACUGGCGUACUGAUUUUUCUUCCUCAAAAUGAUCAUACUACGUAGCUGCACCAAGAGAUCAUGCUGCUUAAAGACAAAAUCAUUCACCAGAAUGUUCUGUUCGAAGGACACAACACAAGUCAUGUUUGAUCCCAUGAAAAAGGUUUGUGACAUUUUGAUGUCUUGCCCAAAAUCAGGGCUUGACGCUGAGCUUGACCGGAGUGGGGUCAGGCCAUCAACAGAUCUGGUCGAAGAAGUGCUGAAGAGAUUUGACAAUGCUGGUAUGUUGGCUCACCGUUUCUUUGAGUGGGCAGGUAGACAACGGAACUACGAGCAUAGUGUCAGGUCUUAUCACAGCAUGAUUGAAUCCCUUGCCAAGAUUAGACAAUAUCAAGUAAUGUGGGAUCUUGUGAAUAUAAUGAAAGGAAAGGGUAUGCUAAAUAUUGAGACAUUUUGUAUAAUGAUGAGGAAGUAUGCGAGGGCAAAGAAGGUGGAGGAGGCGGUGUACACGUUCAAUGUGAUGAAGAAAUAUGAUGUCCCUUCCAACCUCGCGGCUCUCAACGGGUUGUUGAGUGCCCUUUGCAAAUCGAGAAACGUGAGGAAAGCAGAAGAGAUUUUCAAUGACGUGAAAGACCAGUUUGCCCCCGACGUGAAAACAUAUAGUAUAUUGCUCGAGGGAUGGGGACGAGAGCCCAACCUUCCAAAGGCGAGGGAGAUUUAUGCAAUGAUGGUUGCGGCGGGUUGUGGGCCCGAGAACUGAUCUUUGCAAAUCGACAUAUGGUAUUAUGGUCGAUAUCCUGUGCAAGGCUGGCCAGGUUGAGGAAGCAGUUAAAAUUGUCAAGGAGAUGGAGUUUGGGGGAUGUAAGCCAACUUCUUUUAUUUACAGCAUCUUAAUUCAUACUUAUGGUAUGUAUAACAGAAUUGAAGAUGCAAUUGAUACAUUCCAUGAAAUGCAAAGAAGCGGGGUCCACGGUGAUGUGGUCAUUUAUAAUUCACUAAUAAGUGCUUUUUGUAAAGUGAAGAGGUAUGGGAACACUUAUAGGGUCCUAAACGAGAUGGACCAUAAAGGUGUGACCCCAAACUCAAGGACUUGUAACAUCAUUCUGAGCAGUUUAAUUGGUGAGGGGGAAACUGACGAGGCUUUCAAAGUCUUCCGGAAGAUGAUCAAGAUCUGUGAUGCUGAUGUGGACACAUAUACCAUGAUGAUAAAAAUGUUUUGCGCGAAAAAGGAGCUUCUUAAGGCACGUAAAAUAUGGAAGCUAAUGAAGGAGAAGCAGGUUAUUCCCAGCAUGCACACUUUUUCUGUGCUUAUCAAUGGGAUAUGUGAUGACGGGGAUGCUCACAGGGCUUGUAAAUUGAUGGAAGAGAUGAUCGAGAAAGGGAUUCGUCCCGACAGGGAGACGUUUGGAAAGUUAAGACAACUGCUCUUGAAGGAAAACAGAAAGGACGUGCUCGAAUUUCUUCACGAGAAGAUGGAUCUUCUGGUCAAAGAGCCCUUAUGUGACUAAAAAUUUUGCUGAUUAUGUGACACAGCCGCCCUGACUUGGUGGCAGUGACACUAUCACCCGUGUGUCAAUGCCAACUUCUUCGCCACCGAUAUAUAUUUGAAUAAGUGACCAACACAGUGAAAAUCUAGCCGCCGCCACCGUAACCGUCACAGUGACGCCUAAUAGGCACUAACACUACAAACAUACACUAUACACCACACUUUCACCUUACCCCUACUAGAAACACUACACAACAUUGCUGUAAAUUGUACUCAUCUCAUGAAACUAUAUCAACAUCGGCAACCUGCAUACCUGAACCUCAUGAAAGGGAAUGUUGUGUGAUACAAACUAUGGGACAUCACAAGUGAAGUUGGCUCCAGUAUUGUCUAUAAAGGCGAAUACACUAAAGUGAUAUACUUUAGUUUUUUGAGAUUAGGUUCUAUGUUUUCUUCAUUUUUCUUCUCUGCUUGUUUUGAGCCCUAACUUGAAUUUAAUGCACCAUAUUUAUAUCCAAAGGGUUACUUCUCAUUAUAUCCAAAUUAUGUGUGCAUGUUAUGUGCACAAUGUUUUUUAUUACUGGCCUCUACCAUAGGCGUAAUCUUAACCAGUCUCACACAGAUGAGUAAUACCAUACAGAAGAUGUUCAAGAUUUCUUCCACACAGCUUCUAUAUCAAUCUUGCCCUUAUCAAGCAAUUACUCUUACUGUAACUGGACCAUUUCCGGACAGACUUUUAACAAAUAAAAAUGUGAAAUUUUGCGUGAAUGUUAUAGACUUCACGAAAAAACUCACGAAAUUUAAUAAAAAAAUAGGACUUUUAGUUUUUGAAGGUAAAUAAAAGUAUACCAAUUUAGUAUGUUGGGCAGUUUGAUUUCAUUCAUUCUGCAUUCAUAUUCACACUAAGCAACACUACUACCACACUUGCGCCUCAUUUUGAAGAUAACAUAAAUUUUAACAAUUUUUCUGUUAACAUGUAUUUUUGUUUCUUUAAUUCUGGGGAUUGGGAUUAGGACCAGGGAUGGCCCUGGCCCAACCUAAAAGAAUAGUAUCUCCAUCCCGUUUAAAGGUUCAUACGAUAAAAUGAAAUGGUACAAUUAUUUAGAUAAUAACUAAAUAAAAUAAUUCGAAAUAUUUUUAGAAAAAUAAUUUUGAUAAGUACGAUAGUAUAUAUGAUAGUAUUAUAA